AUGAUGCUCCUCCCAUUAAUCGCCGUCUGCAUCCUGCAGUCCGGAUCCGCACUGGCGAUGAGCAUGGAAUAUCGCAGACCCUACCCGCAUAUCUACCGCGGCGAUGUAAACUUCGAUUCAACCUGUUCUUCGGACCCAUGGUGGGUCAAGCCGAUCGCGAUCAGUCUGGGAUGCCAUAACUGCCGCCUACGCCUACUCCGACACGAACAUCAGCCAUACGCGGAAGCCAUGCACGAACUGCGCCAGCAAUAUGAGAGAACGUGGAACGCGCCCCGGGAAGAGCCACCAGCGCCUGUGACUGGGCUCCAGGGCUGGCUCAGGGGUAUCUGGUGGGAAUAUGGAAUGUUAUUCGAGGAUAUAUGGGACCGCGUUUCGAGGUCGUGGGCGUCUCUCAAACAAGCCGUCGAGACGUCAACAUCACCAUUACUGGCUCCUUCUCGGCUGGCGAUGGGUUACCUUGCUCCCGCAAUCGAGCUCGCGACAUCCCCGCUCAAGGCCGGGGCAUCGAAAAUUGGCCUAUUCCCCUCCGCCGAGGGUCUUGCUGAGUAUGCUCUCCGCGAGAAUCUCACCGUGGCAGUCGCCGUCGCACUCGAGAUGAUCAAGGCCAGGGCGCUGCAGGACACGGGAAUUGACAUUACAGCCGCCAUGGUCCUUUACCCUGAUUUUUUUGAAUCCGUUGGCUUGUAA